GAGCAGUCUGCGUCGACCGUAGAGGAUCAUGCAGCACUGGCGGAUCGUUCUCUUUAGCCUGUACAUAGUACAUCAAGUGCCACUUUACUGCGAAGGUUUGGAAUUGACUCUAUCUGGUAUUGCUCUGGAAGGGACACACAUUAAGAUCACUGAUAUUGGUCAGAGCAGUGAGAGUGGUCUCGUCUGCUCAUUUACGUCGUCUCAAUACCUAAAUAAAUUCGGUUGGGAUCACAAACUUACACAAAACGAAAUUGGAGACAGGGAAUUGGGAACAAAAGGAUGGUCAUCUGAAAGUGGGCGCCUGAAUCGUCGUCAAUGGUUGAUACUCUUUAGAACACCAGGCAGCAGAGCCAUGGAAGGAAUUUUUACUUGCAACACAGAUGAAGGCUCUGUCUCUGUCAACAUCUCUCACCCCAUCCUCAGUGUGGUAGUGACUUUCGAAGUAACAGACAAAAGAAAUGGAGUUUUCAAAGUCAAAUGUACUUUUACUGGCGGAGCAGUACUGACAAUGUCCAUCAGUGGGCCAUUGGGUAGGCAGGAAGACUUGGAUACCUCUGCAGUAGGCACACCUCAAAGGACAGGGAAUGACUCAUACUCUGCAGAGAUCCUUCUUCAAGGUGGUAAUAAUAGCGACACAUACAUCUGUUUUUCUUCCAAUAUAGUGUCCAACUCAUCUAGCAGUUCCUAUCUGAAAGUGUCUUCAAACCCUAUCAUACUUUCUGUAAAGCAGAAAUCAGCACAGUCAGUGAUAGUGGAGUGGAGUCAGCCAUCAGGAGGAGCCACAGUGACUGCAUAUGUAGUAAACUACAGUGAUGGAGUUGAUAAAAUGACUGAGGAUGUACCUGCACCUUCAACUAGCUCCUCCAUAACAAACCUUACUAAACUGCCUUGAAUACACUUUUAUAGUCGAAGCAAUAUCAGAACACCUUUCCGGAGAGUCUGAUAUCCACACAAUUGCUUUAGGUGCCUCAGCACUUGCAGUGGACAUUAGACCAGAAGUUAUGAGUUCAACAUCCAUUAUAGUCCGAUGGACUGGUAUGGCGGCCUGCAAUAGUACCAGUCAGAUAGUCAAAUACAGGGUGAAGUACAAAUCAGAGUCCAGUGGUAUGGCACACAAUACUGUCAAUGAAACAAGAGAGGAUAUCUCACUGACUGGACUGGUACCCUACACACGUUACUCCGUUGAGGUGGCUGCAAUGAAUGAAUAGGGAGAAUUCGGCCCCUAUAGCCCCUCAAUUACAUUGGAAACAUUGGAAGAUAGUAAGGUCCUUUUUUACUGGGAGAUUUAACCUUUGUGAUGAGCUUUGUACAUGACGAAAGUGAGCAAAGAAAUAUUUUCUCUUCUCUCAGUUCCUGGUCCAGUUGGAAAUCUCUCAGCAUCCUCAACACUCUCAACAAUUAUAUCUUUCCUGGCGUGCACCUAUUUUGCCUAAUGGUGUCAUCAUCGCAUAUGAGGUGUCCUACAGACCAGCAGACAAUUCAGGUAAUGAGCUCAGUCUGAACACCACUGAUGUGGAGUCAAAUUUCACAGCAGGGAAUGAUCUGGAGGGAGGGUCUGACUAUAUAUUCUCUGUCAGAGCAUACACUAGAGUUGGACCGGGAACAACGUCCUCUCUAAGAGCUUCCACACUUCUCCAGCUGGGAACAGCAAUUGAUAUUGUUGUGACGGUUGGCAUAGUUGCAUCUUUCGUGACAGCAUUGUUUCUCAUUUACAUUGCUGUCAUCAUGCUGUACAUCUACAAAAGGAGCAGGAGUAGAACUAAAAAACAAGACAAAAGCCACCAGAGUGCCACUGCUAGCAAUCUACUCUCUCUUCCAUAUACUGAAACUCCAGAUACUAAUGCAAGCAGGGAUAUUACUAAUGCAUUGAAAGUAACGCAAAUAUCCGAGGAGGACGAAGAUUUCGAAGAUAUUUCAUUUGACUCAUACGAUGCAGAAGCAGUGAAGGAAAUCUCACCAACACAUGAGACUGUUUUUGAUUCCAAAAUGACAAACCUAGUUUGUCCAGUACCUGCAGAUGAAUUUGGAGACUAUGUUGCAAGAUGUCAUUCCAAGGACUUUAAAGCCCAAUUUGUGUCGUUACAACAGUAUGAUGAAGAGGUUCCCAAGACUCUAAGAAAGUUCAAACUCAACAGAUUAUCCAAUUUUACUGUUUGUGAAGACAACCGGGUAAUACUCAAACCUAUUCGUGGCCACUCAGAUUAUGAGGAAGACUUCAUUAAUGCCAGCUACAUUGAUGGGUACAAUAAAGAACAGCAAUACAUUGCAACACAAGGGCCACUGCCUAACACAACUGUUGACUUCUGGAGGAUGGUGUGGCAGGAGAGGUCUCAGAGCAUUGUGAUGGUCACCAAUCUGGUGGAGGGAAAUAGGAUCAAGUGUCACAAGUACUGGCCAGAGACUGGGACCUUGUCCUUUGGUCCCUUCAAUGUCACCAUCACAGGACAACAGAUACUGGCUGACUACACUACUCGGGAAUUUUCUGUUCAGUUCACAGAGAGCCCUGGAGGUAUUCUAACUGUGACUCAGUUCCACUUCACAGACUGGCCUGAGUAUAGGGUGCCUUACUCUGCCACUUCACUGCUAGUCUUCCUCAAGAAAGUGAAGAAACUUCAUGAGUUAUCAAAAGGACCAAUGAUUGUUCACUGCAGCAGUUCUGGUGUGGGGAGGACAGGGACUCUUAUAACUAUUGACUGUGUUCUUGAGCAGCUGAAAGAGGAGGAGAAGGUGGUGGAUAUAGCUGGUGUCAUCAUCCACCUCCGCACACAGAGAAUGAAACUUGUUGAAAGUCUGGAGCAGUAUAUCUUUGUCCAUGAUGCAAUCCUAGAAGAUUUGUUAUGUGGAGACACACAAAUUGAUGCUCGAAUUUUCCACAAAUCUAUGAGGAAAAUAAUUAACAGUCCACAAACGUAUGUGACUGAAUUUGAAAAACAGUUCAAGGUUCUUGAAAAGGUAUCCCCUAAACCAGCAGAGGUUUCAAGAAAGGAAGCUCUUCGAAAUGGAAAUAAAAACCGCAAUCUUCGGUACCUUCCAUCUGACAGGUGGCGUGUGGCUUUGAGGGGAGGGAGUAAUGACUACAUUCAUGCAGUUUUUGCUAGUGGCUACAAGCAAAAGAGAGCAUUCAUCAUAGCUCAGAGUCCCAUGGAGUCCACAGCCAGAGAUUUCUGGAAGAUGGUCCAUGACAGGAAGUGUGGAGUCAUUGUUAUGCUAUGUGACUUGGUGGAAGAUGGACAGGAGAUGUGUUAUCAGUAUUGGCCUCAGACAGGAAUGGUUAAGUUUGGAGAGUAUACAGUCGAUUUGACAGAAGAACAGACAGUGAUUGGAUAUACUAUUCGUAAACUGAGUCUUUCAAAUACUGAGUCUGGAAGUGCUCAUCAGAUUGUACAGCUGCACAUAACUAACUGGAGUCCUGAUGGUAGAUGUCAUAACCUCAGCACUGUUACAAGUGUGAUAAGUCAGAUGACAAACAUCCAGAUCACAACUGGCAACCCGUCCCAUUGUAGUCCAUUGCAGUGACACAGUGGGUAGGUCAGGGAUGUUCUGUGCCAUAGUCACCACCAUUGAGAGGUGUAAGACAGAGGGAGUGGUGGAUGUGUUCCAGGUGGUCAAGGCUCUCAGGGUACACAAACCUGGAGCUCUCCUCACUGUGGCACACUACCGUUUGCUGUUUGAAGCAGUGUUGGUGUAUCUGGACUCAUUUGACACUUACAGCAGUUUUAUUAGUGAUAAGAACCCUUGAAUUAUAGCUAUGGGUUAGUGAUAAUUAUGUACGAAUUUAUGUUUGGUAUAUAGCACGGGUCAUGUAUUAUAACAAGGUUGAUCCAUCUUUGACAAUGUGCCUUUAGAUUACGGAUUCAGGACAUCAUGAUCCCUUUUCUGCCAAGCAUCUACUUAAUGCUGACUAAUUUUUAAUUUUUCUACCUGCCCAACCUCAAAACUGGGACCAAAGACAAGUUGGUAUACUGACCCUAGCCAACUACUUGGGCUUUUGCGUUCGUCCACGAUCAACUAUGGUAUGCAGUUGAGCCUCUGUGCCAACUGUUCUAGAAGGCAGGCAAUCAGUGGAAAGUCACUGGAGUUCAUCCAUGCAGACUAUGGGGGGUUGUUCUUGGCUUGGCUCUGUGAUGUGAUCUAAAAGGGAUUAUCCAAAAACAUUGCACGAAAGAUGUUCGCUAGCCCAGGCAAUACAAAUUCCAAAUAUAAUGAUUCCAAUUAAUGCUGCACCAC